UGCAAUGAUCUUAGUGUUGGCAUUAAAUAAAUGUUAAAAGUAUAAUCCUAAGAUGUCAGGCAUUUAGACCUUGAAAUUUAAUACACAUAAUCUAUCAAUAUAAAUUCUUACUUGAGUACUUGAAGUGGUGGAAUGACUAUAAAAACAAGUCAAGAUUCUAAGAAGCAGCAGUUAGUUUUGGAAAGCAAUAGCAAGAUGUAUUUUCCAUUCAUUGCAACUUUCAGCUUAAUUCUCUGUGGAUGUCAAGUACUAAGUCAAACUAACACUUAUGAGUAUUCUGAUCAACGUCCAUGGUCCUUUGUUUAUACUUUAUAUCCAUUCUAUAAUUCUGAAACAUUGCUUGAAGUUUGGAGAGGAGACAAAAGUAUAGAUAUCUCUACCAAUGUAGUAACUAUAGCUCCACAUGAACAAGAACAAACAGUAGUCUUUUCUGAUGAUGUUCAACGUAAUGGUACCAAUUUAAAAUCACAAGAUAAUUUAUCUUAUUUUUUAAGCGAAACAAAAAAUAUAAAUGAGGAACAGUUAUUAAAAAACAGACAGCGACUCUCUAAUUAUAGAAACAGACAUAAAGAUACAACUCUUCAAAAUGAAUAAGAAGAUAAUGUUUGGAUAUCAACUGGAUUUUAUGAUUUGAAAAGAUUUAUAUGUAUAUUUAUGCAUUAAAAUGAUGAUUUUAGAUAGUUAGUGUUGCUGUAUUUUCACUAUAUUAUUAAGAAUUAAAAAAUUAUUUUGCUUGUAGGAAAUUAUAUUAGUGUCUGUAUUAGAAAAUUUUAUUAAACAUGAAGUAAUUUACAUAUAA